AUUUACCCACGAUCCUUCCAGGAUUCCGAUGGUGAUGGCGUGGGUGAUCUGAAAGGUAUAACCUCCCGAUUGGAGUACUUCAACCAAAUCGGAGUCGACACAAUCUGGUUGAGUCCGGUCUACACAUCCCCCAUGGCUGAUUUUGGAUACGACGUGGCCGACUUUAAGGACAUUGAUCCAAUAUUUGGAACUAUUGCAGAUUUUGAUGAUCUGAUUGACACGGCUCACAACCUGGGACUGAAACUGAUGAUGGAUUUCGUUCCGAAUCACUCCAGUGAGGAGCAUGAGUGGUUCCUCCGAAGCAAGGAGAAUAAUGACACAAACAAUCCGUACCGAGAUUACUACGUGUGGAAAGACCCCAAAAUAGGUUGCAAUGAUCAACCAGAGAAAUGUGUCCCAAACAACUGGGUAAGCGUCUUUGGUGGUUCGGUUUGGGAGUGGGAACCGAAGAGGAAGCAAUUCUACCUGCAUCAGUUCUUAAAGGAGCAACCUGAUCUUAAUUAUAACAAUCCUCUAGUGCAUCGCGAGAUGGAGGAAGUUAUUAAGUUCUGGUUUGAGAAGGGCGUUGAUGGUCUGCGUGUCGAUGCAAUCAGGCACAUGUACGAAGAUAAAGACAUGGAGGAUGAGCCUAUCAAUCCGGAGUACACCCCAGUCCCAGGAGAGCGCCCUCAGUAUGACAGUUUGAUCCAUACCAAGACAGCUGACCUUCCUGAGCUUCAUGACGUCAUCAAAGACUGGCGAGCUAUCUUUGAAGAUUUUAGCUCCGAGCCAAAUUACAGGUUCAUGGUAACCGAGUCCUACGACACUCACAGAGCCCUGUUACCGUACUAUGGGACUCCAAACCAACCUGAAGCUGAUUAUCCCUUCAACUUCGGUCUGACUGAACUGACUAAUGAAACCUUAUCUGGAAAAGAGAUUCAUAACAAAGUACAGGAUUGGAUGAAAGAUCUCCCUGAGGGUAAAUGGCCAAACUGGGUGAUUGGGAACCAUGAUACAGCCCGCAUUACGGAGCGCUUAGGAAUGAAGUAUGCAAGGGCCAUGAACAUCCUUAACUUGCUCCUUCCUGGUACUCCUACAACCUACUACGGGGAAGAGAUUGCAAUGGAGGGCAUAUGGGUUCCUUAUAAUGAAACACAAGACCCUUAUGCUAUCAAUAAUCCUAAUCAUUGGGAGGAAUACACGAGAGACCCAGAACGCUCCCCGAUGCAGUGGGAUGACACGCCCCACGCUGGUUUCAGCACGACCAACGGCAAAACCUGGCUACCUGUCAACGACAACUACCUUACAGGAGUCAACGUUGCUGACCAGAUCAUUAACCAAACUUCCCCGCUGGCGCUUUUCAAAACACUCGCCAAUCUCAGGAAGACAGAAUCCUCCUUUCAGACAAAUCAUCUCAAGUAUGCCAUCGUCAACGAGCAAAUAUUUUCCUUCUUUCGCUUGUCUGGUGACUCUACCCUUCUCUCGUUCUUGGUGAUUGUUAACACUGGCGACUCUCCGUCGACUGAUGAUUACCAAACAGCUUUAAUGAAUGAUGAUUUUGUUGUUCAUGAUUCUGGUGUUAUUGAGGUGAGCAGUGGCAUGGACAGGAAUGGGGCUUCAGUGGAACUCAACAAGAUUUCUGUGGCAUCAGGGGAGGCCCUCGUUGUCAAGGUACAGGUUAGCUUCGGGAAUGAAGCCUCAGUUACAAUGCCGCGUAUUAUUGUAAUUGCCAUCAUGGCAAUGAUGGGUGUCAUCGUCCAAGACAUUUAGGACUUUUUUUCCGUUACAAAUAUAAAGUAAUUUUUUAAAAGCAGCUUUUUUUCCCACAUGUUGAGGGAUAUAUUUUACAGAUUAAGCCUGGUUCAUACAUGCAAUUGCGAUACAAAUUUGUAUCUGGCAUACCUCCAUACACAAACAAGAAAUUCGGAAUUCGAGAAGAUUUGCCUGAGCGGCCUAGAUGGAUAGUUGAAUUCAAUUUUGUCACUUAGACGGUAUUUGGGCUAGAAUACUGGCCUUGCCUUUUGCUCCUCUUAUUUCUUUUCAAAACACAACUUUUGCUUUCCUUUGGAUGUGACGUUAUAACCCAUGAGUAGGUCUUAUGUACUAGGAUAUAGGUACUGCAAAAUUGAAGACCAUAAAGCAAAAUAAAAUGAUAAAUUAUCUUGUAAAAUAUGACAAUUAUAAUACUCCACUUAUUCCUUCUUUAUAUUUUCAAUUCACAUUUAUUACAAAUUGAAACAUCACAUCAAAAAGUACAAAGUUACUUUAGUUUCUCAGAAACAAAACGAUGUUUAAAAAAUGUAGGAUAUCUAAUCGACAGAAACGUUGAUAAGAAAGAUUAAAAACAGAGAGGUUCCAAGGGGUUAGUGGGCAAGAUUUGAGAAAUGCCAUGGACAAAAUAGUGUACCCCUUCUCCUACCCUGACUUGAUUGUGUUCUGAGAAUCACAGGAAUUCUGUAGCGGAUUUUAAGAGAGGGAGGAGAAUCCUGUGAAAAGAGUGUUUAAAGGGUCUAUGUACUUUUUGUAGAACGAAAAACACAAUGUCUACAGAUUUACACUAAACUUACACAGU